CGGACAGCUUUUGUCAGGCACCUCUCUCUGGUGUUUGUCACUCAUAGUUGACUUAUUAUAUGUAGGCAGCACACGUAGAGUAUACACAGUUAAUCCAUCUGUUCCGUUUUCUGUUUUUAUUCAUUUAACAUUUCACUUCAAGUUUUUUUGUAUAUAUAAGUAAACAUUCUCUCAGUACAUCGCUUUUGCGUGGUUUUGGAAUUAGCAUCUUUUAAUGGGCAGAGAGGAAGAAGAGACUGAGCGUGGGAGGGAGAGCAGCUGAGGGGGGAGAGGGAGAGGGAAAGGACAGCGUGUAUGUGACCGACGUGGAUAGAUGCUCUAGCAGAACUGGCUGUGAACGGGAUGGACAGACCACAGGAUUCAAACAAGGCAGUUAAACAGCCAUUUAUGAAGCACAAGAACGAGCAGCAACGAAGGUGGAGCAGCUGUUCCAGCGUGAGUGUCGAAGGCAGAGGUGGAGGCAACAAGAGACGUCCCCGCAGCAAAACCCAGAGCCUGUCCUCUGCCCCUAGGGGAGGCGAUGACAAGGAGAAGAGGCAGUUCAGGCACAUCAUCGCCUCUGUAUUUGGUCAGGAGUGGACAGAAAGACUGGACAACAAGAAGAGGAAGGGAGUGAGGGAGACAGGGGGAGAUAAAGGCAGAAACCAGAGGAGGAUGGGAAAUAUAACAAAACCAACAAAGAGGAGCAAAACGAACAAGGGGGCUGCCGCCAUGGAUGGGAGUGGAGCCCCUCUGGCUGCAGCCUUCCUUCAGGGUAGGGGAGGACCCCAGGCCUGGACAGGGGCCCAUCUGCAUGGGGAGGACCUCACCCUAGCAGAUUCAGGGAAUGAACAGGAGUUUGACGACCCACUGAGCAUGCUGGUCCACAACUGCACCAUGCUGCACCACAUAGUGGGUCCUGCCUGCAUCUUCCUCAGACAGGGACUCGCCCAGGCUCAACUCGACAGAGAUUUGCGCCCAGAGGAAAUCGAAGAGCUGAAGGAGGCCUUCAGGGAGUUUGACAAGGACAGGGAUGGAUUUAUCAGCUGUAAAGACCUGGGAGAGUGUAUGAGGACCAUGGGCUACAUGCCAACGGAGAUGGAGCUCAUCGAGUUGAGCCAACAGAUCUGUGGCGGCAGAGUGGAUUUUGAGGACUUUGUGGAAUUGAUGGGGCCCAAGAUGCUGGCAGAGACUGCAGACAUGAUCGGGGUGAAGGAGCUGAGGGAUGCCUUCAGGGAGUUUGACUCCAAUGGUGACGGACAGAUUAGCCUAACCGAACUGAGGGAAGCCAUGAAGAAGCUGAUGGGAGAGCAUCUGAACCACAGGGAGAUCGACGAGAUCCUGAAGGACGUGGACCUCAACGGGGACGGCCUGGUUGACUUCGAGGAGUUUGUCCGAAUGAUGUCACGCUGACGUGAAUGCAGACCAGGCCCCUCCCACUCUGAGACAGAAAAUGGCUGCCCUAGCACGCACUGUAAACAGCGAAAUGUAUGCCCUAUAUCACUAGCGAUUGCAUUCAGAUGGAAUUAAUUAAUAGCUGUCUUUGACAGGUAUACUGAUCCUUAUUAGCAAUAAAUAUAAUUUUGUAUUACAGACAAUCAUCAUAGGAUUAGAAGCAUAAAGCCAUGUACAGGGUAGACUGUGGUGCUCACUGUCACUCAACUAAUGGUCUUUGUCAUAAGUGUCUCUGUAAGAUAAUGUUUGCUUUUAGCAUUUGGCUCAAGUAGAAGUCUCUAGAAGAUCAGUCUGUUAACCAUAGUGUGGUUUUCCAACAGAAAACACUUGUGCUCAUGGCACUUUUUACCAUUUUGAAUAAUAACAAUAACUUUUAAACCUUUAAACCUGAGAAGAGUCUUAGUUUCUUCUCAGGCAGAGAUGGUCUCUGGUGAUCCACAGUGUUCAGUGUCCUCCUGGGUCAUAAGGACAAUGUAAUCAGCAAACAAAACAAGGCUGUGUGCUGGACACCUAGCUAACACUGGAACAUCACAAAAGAAGGGCAGAAGCUGUUAGAUUGGCUCUGAAAAUGGUUUUAACUAAAUAAAGACAACAGAUUCUUUUGGGGUC